AUGUGUGAAUUCAGUUCUUCCUUCGUUCGUAGGCCGGAAAAGAACACGAACGCUUCUCCGAGUUUAGAAGAGUAUUAUGAAGCAAGGUUGAAUUUCUAUGUGUUAUUAUGGCAAGAUCCAGCCGAGCUUCUCCCAUGUCUCCAGAAGUCUCAAUAUCAAGUCGGAAAUCGAGGAAUAUUGGCAGGGAUCUCGACGGGUCUUGCAAUGAGGUAAAAAAAAAAAAGGUCACGGAAGGCGAAAAUCUCACCACUGAUGAUUUAGAUGAUUCUGAGUCCGGGGAACACGACAAGCUGAACGGUAUUAUGAGCGACACUGCUAAGCGUUUUUCUUCGCUUCUGACCGUCAUUUGCCGAACAGCAAAAAGAUCUGCGAACAAAAUGGCGAAAAUACGGAAGAAAAAGAAUGGAGGCGCGGAAGAAAUCAGCAACUUGCCAACAAAAGCUGAUGUCGUAGGGAGUCCUUGUCGAGUGACGCGUGCACCUCAGAAAUCUGCUUCAAACGACGAAGACAAAGUGGAGCAGCAGUUCAACGAGACAUAUGAAUUGCACCAUCUCCUCGGCCAAGGGGGAUUUGCUGUUGUUUAUUCCGGAACAAGGGUUCGAGAUGGCUUGGCAGUCGCAAUCAAGGUCAUUCCCAAGAGCAACGUAUACUCUUUUGAUGAGGAAAGUGAAGUUCCAGUACCAAUGGAAGUCCAUCUUCAUAGAUUUCUUGAUCACCCAAACGUCAUAAAACUUCUCGACUACUUCGAGCAUGCGCAGGCGUAUGUGAUGGUGUUAGAGAGACCCAAGUACCACAAGGAUCUUUUCGAUUACAUCACUGAAAAGCGACGACUGGAUGAGAACGAGGCGAGAAACAUUUUCCGCCAGGUAGUUGAGGCAGUGAUGUACUGUGAAGCAAAAGGAAUCUUCCAUCGUGAUAUCAAAGAUGAAAAUAUUUUGCUUGAUUCUAUAACUGGGCAAGUGAAGCUGAUUGAUUUUGGUUCAGGGACGGUGCUUGAGAACACUUUGUACACGGACUACGAAGGAACUCGAGCCUACUGUCCUCCGGAGUGGUUUCGUUUUCAUCGCUAUUACGCACGCCCAGCCACCGUAUGGUCACUGGGAAUACUGCUGCACAACAUGAUCGUGGGAGACGUGCCAUUUUCAAACGAAAUAGAGAUUGUAAGAGGCGAGUUGAAUUUCCCGGAUGAUGUCAGUAAAGAUCUACAAGAUAUGCUACGAUGUCUCCUAACAAAGCACCCAUCGUACAGACCCACGUUGGAGGAGGUUUUACAACAUCCCUGGCUUCAGCAUCAUAGACAUAAACUUCGUGGUCCUGUAGAUAGGAGAAUGUGUCAGAGUGCACCAAACCCGGGGGAGAUCCCCGAGGGAAGACGCGGACGACAGGGACAUAUAGGAAAUUCUGGUCUUUGAUACGGAAGGCUGAGAAAGGAACUCGAAAAUUUCUGUCAAUCAUGAGACAAAGUCUACAAUGCUUAUCUCCAAUUGUAAGACUUGAAACUUAAGAAGCACGAACGAGGGCGCGGUUAAGAGCUACGUGCCUAAGCUACUCAGAUCACGUGCAUGAAUUCCACAAGCCAUAACGGACUUAAGUGGUCGACCAACUAAAAAGAAACAAGGUCUUAUGUUUUUCACCCUUAAGAGAGGCGUUGUCAAGAGCGCGGUACGCUUAAGAAGAUCUGGUAGAUUACGGAAGAGAGAAACAGGGCGUUCUGUGAAUGGGAAAGCCAUAAGUUAGAAAAAAAAAAAAAGAGGGGAUGACGCUAUCCAACGGAUAAAUUGCGAUCUGGUAGAUUUGUGUUGACAAAUCCCAAUGCUCUGUCCACGGAUUUAUCUUAUAGAAAGCGUCAUCCAACCUUCGAUCAAUGGGGACCAAGUCUUCAUACAAACGUUCCGUUUUCAGUUUCAGUUUCCAUCGAAAUACUGUCCUGAAAAAUGUUCUCAUCCGUAGGUUUUCUUCGCAAAACCACGCCACUUAAGUUAACGAACAGUUGCGUGGCUGAUUCGUCCUCAGUCUUCAAAAUUGGAGCCAUCGACGCGGGUAAGAUGGAAGCGCGAGCGGAAUGGGCAAGAGGAAACCGUCACCCUCUCCUCUCCUUCUUUAGUGUCGCACACCUUUGGAGUAAACUGAGGACGAGUAAGUGCAUAGUGUCACACUAUCAUUUACCAUUUCAAAGACGAAAGGGAAGGAGUGGGAAAGUUUGACUAUUUGUCAAAAUUCGGUUAGACUUACAGACCGACUGAUCAUAAAAACAGCUUGAGAGGAACUUUUUUUUUACGAAGUCUCUAAAUGAAUGACUCUAAACACUUGUUUCAACUCGAGAGAUCCGUGAG